GCGGUGGAAGCGGAGGAAGAGGAGGAAAACGAGGAAAACGAGGCGAGUGGGUGUUGCUUUAGGGAAGAAAGGAGCUUCAGAAGUCAGAGUUGAAACGCGACGGGGUCUGGCACAGCCGGGGCACGAAGAAUGGCUUCUUUUGGGUGGAAGAGGAAGAUUGGUGAGAAGGUCUCAAAGGUCACUUCCCAGCAGUUUGAGGCUGAAGCUGCUGAUGAGAAGGAUGUGGCUGAAAAUGAUGAAGGUAACUGGCUUCAUGCCAUUAAACGUAGGAAAGUUCUCCUUGAAGGCUCUGCUGAGAAAAGUAAACAGCUGAAGGAUGAAGGAGCCAGUUUGGCUGAAAAUAAAAGAUACCGUGAAGCAAUUCAGAAGUGGGAUGAAGCAUUACAGUUAACCCCAAAUGAUGCUACCCUGUAUGAGAUGAAAUCACAGGUCCUAAUGUCUCUUCAUGAAAUGUUCCCAGCAGUGCAUGCAGCCGAAAUGGCUGUUCAGCGAAAUCCACAUUCAUGGGAGUCUUGGCAAACUUUGGGACGUGCUCAGCUUGGAUUGGGAGAGAGAAUCCUGGCUAUUCGAAGUUUUCAAGUGGCUCUUCACAUCCAUCCAAUGAACCCCGAAAUAUGGAAAGAAGACCUCUCUUGGGCAAGAACGCUCCAGGAACAACAGAAAGUAGCACAGAAGAUUAAAAAAAGUGAAGCACCAGCUGAAGUAGCACAUUUUUCACCGAAGUCGAUUCCAGACUAUGACUUUGAAAGUGAUGAGAUUGUCGCUGUUUGUGCUGCUAUUGCUGAAAAACAGAAGACAGUUUCGGCAAAUAAAACAAUGGUUAUUGUGUCUGCUUCUGGGACUGUAGAGACUGUAACCGAGAAGGAAGAUGGUGCUACACCACCAGAUGGCUCUGUUUUUAUCAAAGCCCGAUGAAGCAGUGUGCAUAAUGGAGGAAUUGUUUGAAUCUUUUUGAUUGCCACUUAAAAUUUAGAUAUAGGGACAUUUACUGUGGAGAUAGAGGGCAAAACUCUUGUUUGUAAAAAAUAAGUUUAUCAGAUGAGGCAUACAAAAACUAAAUGGUAGAAUUAUUAAUAGUGUUUGGACUAUGUCUUGAUAAGUUAUGAUUUAUACUUCUUAAGAUUAGAAUUCUGAGUAAACUCGCUUUUGAUUAAUAAACUUAAUGUAAUCUGAAUAUAUAAGUGAGUAUGUUUUAAAGGCAACUUGAAAAGUGUAUUCUUAAAUAGUGGAUAACUUGAUGGCAACUUUAAAGACAACUUGAAAAAUAUAUUCUUAAAUA